UUUUCUUGGCAUCACCAGAAAAACACCAAAUUCCAGAGGAAGAUCCCCAAGAACGCGGUGGCCACAAAUAUUCUGAUCGGAGAGCUGACCUGUCUGAGGCGGCCACUGAUGGCCCUCGUGAGGCUGAACCCGGCCCGCCACAUGGGGUGGCUGUGUGAGGUCAGGCUGGCCACGCAGUUCGUCUUCAUCUGCCUGGUUCCGGACCUGAAGAGCGAGAACAACUAUGACGUCCGAGAAGUGGGGCGGUGCAUUGGUACAUUGAUGAUUGACCCGGUA